AUGACAGACCAACCGUACCUUCAACAGUCGAACUUGCACACGGAAGCGCCGUUCAGGGCGGCGUUGCUCACAUAUCCCGGUAACCUUCAAGAGGCUUUGCGUCAAGCAACGGCAGACCCGAAGAAGACGCUGUUUGGUAUUGCCCAAGGGAUUCCCAGCACUUUCGUGACCAAGAUUCUUGCUUCAACAAAGCCGGACUUCAUCUGGAUUGAUGUGGAGCAUGGCAUGUUCGACCGCCUAACGCUUCAUGAUGCGAUUCAUGCCGCUCAACACCAUUCGGAGGGCAAGAGCAUGGUGGUUGUCCGGGUGCCCAAGCAUGAUGAAGUCAGUUUAUCGACAGCAUUGGAUGCUGGAGCAGCUGGAAUCGUCAUUCCUCACUGCGAAAGUGCCCAAGAAGUAAAAGACAUGAUCAAGGAGAUCUAUUAUCCUCCCAUAGGCGGCCGCUCAUUUAGCCCAUGGACAUUUACGCCUGGAAUCUCAGACACAUCCCUGUACAAGGACGACCCGUUCAACAUGCAGACCUCUAACCGUCACAUCGUCGUGAUUCCGCAGAUUGAAAGCGUCAAGGGAGUCGAGAAUGCAGAAGAGAUUGCUGCAGUUGAGGGUGUUGGCGCCCUCAUGUUCGGCCCAGGCGAUUUCAUGGCAGACGCGGGUGUUCCUAUCAAGAUGGGCGGCGAACCACAUCCUACCUUUGCUGCCGCCAUGGCCAGGUUCGUUGCGGCGGGUCAGAAGUACAAUCGCCCUCUCUUUGGUGGAGCAAUGGCCCCUGAAAUGAUUCCAAUGAUGAUUCAACAAGGAUACAGAGCAAUUGCAGUUACCUUUGACGUCUGGGGUUUUGCAAACAUGGUGCAUAGCAACUUGCAAAAAGCAAAAGAAAUCGCGCAACAAGCCGCGUAG